ACUCUGUGGUUAACAUUUUGUCUUAUUUAAGGUUAACUAUAUUAAAAACAUAUUGAAAGAAAUGGAUCAACUAAACCAGCUCUAAUUUCACUGUACUUAUCAAAUUCCUCACCAAAUACUGAUUUAAUUACUUGGCAAUUGGGCCAACAAUCAGUACUUAUGUUGCAUCAAAUUAAUUGGUUAAAUUUUAAUCCAGACGCUGUGAUAUUGCCUACUUAGAGUUCAAGAUAGAUAUGGGGGACACUGAUAAUCAAGUCCCCUCAGUGGUUAUUGAUCUUGUGGAGUCAGAUGAUGAAAAUUUUGAAAGAUAUGACUUAGAUGACUUACAUAAAGAUCGCGACCUGAAGGUGGAAGUUGAUGAUGAUCAACAAAGCAGUAAUUUACAGAACAAUGACUUGCCAGGUAGCAUAAAACUAAUUGAACACCUAUCUGGCAAGAAGACAGACGAAACAUCUACUGAUGUUUCAGAAAAUGAUUAUAUUAAUGAUGCUGUAGAAAAUGCUAGCACAGAGAAUAUUAAUGAUGCUGUUGAAGAUGCCAGCAGGGAAAAUGCUGAAGUUGAGAAUUUAAACAUUGUCAACAACCAAAUUGAUGACGUAGAAGAUAGUAACGGGGAGCAGGAUGAUGAAUUAAAUUCGGCUGAUCUUCCUUUGCCCAAAUCUCCAGAUCAUUCUGCUAUUUUUUCAGAUGAGGAUGAUGGGUUGUGGUUUAAAGGGCACACACCUUUACCAAGCGAGUCUGAAGAUGAAGAUGCCCCGAAGAAGUCUCAGUGCGAAAAAAUUCUUAAAUAUGAAAUGGAGUUUGCACUACCCAUCAUAUCAGAACCGUUUGCUGAAAACAUGCGAAAUAAACUUACGCAUAACCAACACAGCUUCAAUGAAAAGGACUUUAUCAGACAUCGCAAAUCUUCAAAGGAUAUCCCAUCUAUGGCUCAACAAAUCAUUCACAAGAAGCAUAAACACCAUCAUAAACAUCACAAGAGGUCAUCACAUAAGGAAAGUAAGCUUGGCAGGUCUGAAAAGCAACCAGAGGAUACUGUAUCAAACGAUGUUUUACAUGCAAAAGAUAAAGUGGACAUAGGUCGUCGACCAAAAGCACAUACCAUUAGUACCUUAAUGCCAGUUGGUUUUUUGCCAUCAGUCAGUGAAACAACAGAAGCUGGGGAAAAAGAUUAUGCAAAGAGCCAUGAAGAAACAUUCCGUAAAAUGUCUCUUCAAGAUAAUUUGGAAGUGCCACCAAAAGUUCAACAUCGAAAAAAACAUAAACAUGGCCAUCAUCGUCAUCAUCAUCACGCACGUCACUUGCAAAAUAAGCAUGUCACCAAACAUGACACAUUAGAGUUACGUAUAAGAUCUGGAAUGCAGACACUUGAAGAAGAACGAAAAGCACUGCGUGAAGUUGUGUCCGAAUUAGGAGAGGAGUUUGGGCAAAAAGAUAUUGAUGAUAUGACAAGUCAUCGUUUUGGGAACUUCCAAGGUAGCUCAAAACAUCUUGUUCAGCGAAAACGUCAUCAUAGAUCUGGAAUGACAACACACUUGAGUGAUGUGGAUUCACUGUGUAGUGUAUCUAUUCAAAGGCCACACAUGCGUAUAACUAUGGAAGAAAAUCAAAUUGAACUAGCACCAAGAGAGUUACACCUUGGUACUAAUAAUAAUAUGACGGAAAAUCAGUCGGGAUUUGUUGAACUGGAAGAGUUGGUAACAAACGAGGAGAAUGAGUUGCAAUGGCAGGAGCGUGCUCGUUGGAUUAAGUUUGAAGAAGAUGUCGAGAAGAAUGAGAGAUGGGGAAAACCACAUGUUGCUUCUCUAUCCUUUCAAGGCUUACUUGAACUUCGUCGAGGAAUUGAAACAGGAACUGUUUUGUUGGGUUUAAGCAACUAUGAUUUGCCGACCAUCUUUGAAUCGGUUGUUGAUAACAUGAUCAUCACCGAUCAAAUCAGUAAGACAAGCCGUGAUCGCAUCAUAGGUGUACUUCUGUCAAAACAUUGUCAUCAUCAUCAAAACAAGCUGGCAGGUGGUCCUAAAAGAAGAAAUUCCAUUAUCGAGCUGUCACGUGAAAGUUCAAUCAGUGAGAAGGAUAGCGGUCUUGAAAGUGUGGAUGGUGAUGUUGUUGUUGAAGCUGUGAACGGCGUGGAAUUGAAUAACUUUUCGCUAAAACCUGAAGAACACACAGUGGAUAUUAACUUGGUCAAUAGUGCCAAACACGAUAGCGAUUAUGAUGAUGAUGACAGUGUGACAGGUCAUUUGAGGACUGUCAAGUUUGCGCCUAUUACUGAAGAACCGAAAGGAGCCGAAGAUAAAGUAAAAUCAAAUGUACAUGAGAAGAUUCCAGAAGGAGCUGAAGCUACUUCCGUUUUAGUUGCUACACUCACUGAAUUAGAACGACCAGCAAUGGCUUUUGUAAGGCUGGCUAAAGGGUGCUAUCUUGGUAACCUGACUGAAGUGGUUAUCCCAAUAAGAUUCUUGUUUAUCAUUAUGGGUCCACCGUCAAAUCACGAUUAUUACGAGAUUGGACGCUCCAUUGCAACUCUGAUGUCAGACAAGGUAUUUCACGAUUUGGCGUAUGCAGCAAAAAAUCGAGAUGACAUACUAGCUGCAAUAAAUUCUUUUCUUGACGACAGCAUCGUGCUAGCACCUGGGGAUUGGGACAGACAUCUACUUCUACCAUUGCUUCAAGCGGAAAUUAGUGAGAAGAGAAAAGAGAGAAUCAAAUUGUUAAAAGAAAAAGCCCACAUCGAUGUCCCUACAGACGAACAGGCGUUUCUACGAACUGGAAAACCGUUCGGUGGAUUGCUACGCGAUAUAAAGAAGAAAUGCAAAUUUUACGCAUCCGAUUUUCGAAACGGAUUCAACUGGCGUUGUUUUGUCACAAUUAUUUUCGUCUUUUUUGCUACUUUGGCACCUACUAUAACAUUUGGCGCGUUGUUGAGCAAAUCAACGAAGGAAGCGCUGGGCGUGACAGAGACUUUACUUGCUACUUCUUUAUGUGGAGUGAUAUUUAGUUUGACGUCCGGUCAGCCACUUAUUAUUGUCGGAACAACUGGACCAAUUUUGGUGUUUGAAUUGGCAAUAUAUGACUUAUGCGUCUACUUCAACAUCGAUUUCCUCGUGUGGAGGUUUUGGACCGGUAUGAUUGUGAUGUUGAUAUUAUGGACUGUUGUGGCAGCCGAAGGAUGUUUUUUGGUGGAAUAUUUUACAAGGUUCACCGAAGAAGUCUUUUCCAUACUUAUCUCGUUACUCUUUAUAUACGAAGCAUUAUCCUUUAUACUAAAGACGUUGAAAUCACAUCCACUAACAACAUCAAAUGAUCAAUACACAAGAAUAGACACAAAUGGAACUCUCAAUGAUACGUUACAUAACCGAAACUCCUACCUUCCUAAUUCUCCUCCGUGUUUAAACGAUGCAAAUAUAACUCUUUUAUCGAUACUUCUCGUGUUCGGAACGUUUUUUAUCGCGUACUAUUUACGAAAACUUCGGUUUAGUCAUUUUUUAUCGAGUAGAGCACGUCGAGUGCUGAGUGACUUUGGAGUUCCUAUAGCAAUGACGCUAAUGGUGUGUCUAAACUUUGCUCAUGAUAUACAAGGCAUACCGAAAAUCCAUCUUUCGCAUCGAUUCGGACCGACAUCUGCGAAUCGAACAACAUUUCUGGUGAAUCCUUUUUAUACGAUGAAGUUCUACUGGGUAUUUUUAAGCAUUUUACCAGCUAUAUGUGUUAGUAUUUUGUUGUUCAUGGAAACCGAACUGACUGGAGUGUUAUUAAAUAAACGAAAGAACAAGCUAAAGAAAGGCGGAGGAUACAAUUUAGAUUUAUUUGUGAUGGGUGCUUUAACAGGUAUAUGUUCUAUGCUCGGUUUUCCAUGGAUGUGCGCUGCAACGGUGAGAUCAGUUCAACAUCAGAAUGCACUUGCAAUUAUGAGUCGGUCCCAUGCUCCUGGAGAGAAGCCGUAUUUACUGCAUAUUAAAGAACAAAGACUGACAAACUUGUGCAUACACAUAUUGAUAGGCUGCUGUGCUAUAGCUGUUCCAGUUAUUGAGAACAUACCUGUGGCUGUUUGUCUCGGUGUAUUUCUAUACCUUGGUAUCUCGUCUAUGGCUGGCAUACAGUUCAUCGAGCAAAUCAAACUUAUAUUUGUACCAAUGAAAUAUCAUCCUAACAGAAAAUAUGUUCGCUGUGUGAAAUUUCGAAGUCUGGUUGUGUACACGUUAAUCCAAGUCACCUGCUUGUUCUGUCUGAUCGCAAUCAAACUGCUCCCUAUUGCGCCAGCUUUUCCCUUCUUUAUCAUUGGAAUGGUUUUCCUGCGGAGGUUUAUCGAGAGAUACUUCUCUGAAGAAGAGCUGGAAGAUUUGGACAAUGAAGAUGAUGACGACGAGUUUGAUGAGUUCGAUGAAUAUGGUACCGCAUUACCCAUGUAGUUGAGUUAGCUUGUAAAAAAAUUGUGUUCUUUCGAUUCCGUAGGUUAGCAGAAUUUUAAAUUCUUUUUUUUACUACAAUAUUUAAAUUUGGAUAAAAUCCAUUCUGUAUUGAUACGUAUAUUUUAAUGUUGAAGAAGUGUCCGACGCACGUACUAACUACUUCGAUCGAAUACCAAUCAUGUUAAAUGUGCUCUCCGCGGCGUUGUUUCUUUUAAACACCCUACUUUUACCUUUGUAUUCGUUAAAAAACUUUAAAUUUUAAAUCAAAAGGUCUCAAAGAAUUUGCACUACACUUUUUGUUAUAAAAAAUUCAAAAUUGUUCUAAACACUAGCCCCCAAAAUUGGUAAAAAUUUCAAACAAUUUACCUAGGGCGAAUAUUUAGUAUAAAUAAAUUAAAUACUUUAAAAAUAAACAAUUCGCCCCAGGUAAACUAGAAAUAGACAAGUUGGGUGUUUUCUUUUAAGUAGGUAAGCAGCUAUGGGGCAAAAUACAAGCAAUACAUUUUUAUACCUAUCGAAGAGAGGAAUAACUGGAGAAUAAAGAAAUGAGAAAUCCAGUGAAUCUUUUCUCUCUGCGAGCGAAGACACAUCUGCGUUGUUCUUUGGGGUCCAGUUAGUUUAGUUCUGUAAUUAUUCAUUGUAUUUCUAUGUUUUUUUUUAAAGGUCUAUUUGCACUUAAUUUAAUUGGGUUUUUGUAAGUGUAAGUGGGCCUUUAAGGCUUAGUUUAUAUAUUGACCACGUUUAUAGUUCUGUGACGUGCUUAGUUUUUAUGAUAUGAAUUUUUAUACCAUUUUGUCCGUGCUGUUGUAAACACACAGAUAUAAACUCGCUUUUUUUCUAUGAUAUUGGAAUAUUCACGGAAUUUGUUGUAUAGCAAACGAAAAUUAUAUUAAUUGAUUUAUUGUUCCGUCUUGUU